CUUGUUGUAGGAUUUCCUGGAACAGGAAAGACCAUUAUGGCCCGCCAGCUUGUCCUUAAUCUGUACAACAGAGGAUUCGAACCAGAAGAGAUUUUGUUCCUGUCUCAGCAUCGUACUAGUUGUUGUCAAAUACAAAAAAUGGAACGUUGUGUAGCAUUAACACCUGAUUGCUUGAAGGAUGACCUGAAAGAUCCAGACAGAAAAGUAAUGUAUAGAAAAAUCAAACACUUCAUCAUUGACGAUGCUCAGAUGAUCUGUGCAGUGUCCAAGGAUAAAGGAUGGUUUGCUUUCCUCCAUUAUCUAUGGAAGAAGAAAAGGUCAAACAAAUAUAGCCUCUUCUGGGUGUUUUAUGGGGAUCACAAGUACUGUAGAGAUGAUGGAGGCUGUAUGAAAUUCAUCAAGAACAGAUUUGAUCACAAAAUAAAAUUGGACUUGAUCUUAAGAAACUCUCAUAGUGUAGCUAAAAAUGCUAUCAAGUAUGCAGAGAAUCCGAAAUACAAAACUGCUGUUGAGAAAAUCACGACUGUCCAUAACUUUAAGGGAGAGGCUGUUGUCUGCGAGGAAAAGCUCUUGUCUAAUGUUGAGCAGUAUCUUCAAGAAAUCGGAGACUUCCUGAACAGUGUUCUGUCGGAAGGUUACCACUAUGAAGAUGUAGCCAUUUUGUUUUCACGACAAGCAGACAUUCCCAGAGCACUUGACUGUAUCAGCAAAGAACAGGUAGAAAAAUCUGAGGAAAAUCUGUUAUGUAAAACCAUCACUUCACCUGGUAUGGUGACACUGCCAAGGAUAGGAAAUGUUCGGAUAUGUAGUGCCUCAGACAAUGACAUUACAGGACAUGUGGUGGUGGACACUUUUCGAAGAUACUCGGGACUUGACAGACCAGUUGUCCUGGCGAUCAACCGCAAUAUUGGGCCUUAUGAUGUUUACACUGAUUCCAAGGGUCUUGAUUUAAUCAUUGCUACAAGACCUAUUGCUAAACUGAUAAUGUGGAAAAAGAAAAAGUAAUUUGGACACUUUGAUCAAUGUUAUGUUUAUAUCAGUGUUUUUCCUGCCUUUUCAAUCGGUGCAUAUUUAGACCCCAUGUCAACUUUUGCAUUUUGAUAAUUUAUUUUUCCUAGUUAAUUCCUAAAAAUUCCCAGAAUCAUUAAAUCAGGGAUUCUAUUUAGAUUAGGACAUGAAAUUUAACAAAUGAUAUUCACUUUUUUAUCCCAUUUCCAUGUGCACUUUUACUGAACGAAAAAUUCUCGUUUACUGCCAGGUGGCAAUUUCCCAGAAAGGCUAGGAUAAACAUUGCAUAUGAUGUGGAGUAGUAGUAAAGAUAAGACCACUUGUUUUGAUUAAGUAUAGGAAGACCUGUGAACUGACAUUAUUCGAAACAAGAUUUUUGUCGCUAUUGGAGCGGAUAUUUAAUCCUUUCUUUAAAAAUCAGCAAUAUUUGUCCAAAUGAAUUGUUGUGCAUACUUUUAUAAACCCUUAAAGCUAUGAAAAUCUGGUAGAGGAAAAUAUCUGAUGGGUCAGAGUUCAAGUGAGGGGUUGAUCUGAUGUUUAUUGGAGAUGUCUGAUGGUUAUCAUGAACUGGAGUUGGUUGGCGAUUAGAUCACAAUGCCAAAAUGGUGUAUUGUAUUGAGAAAUACAGUUCUGUAGAUGUAUCUGUAUUGUCUUUGGUGCAGGCAAUUGUACAAUAGCUAGCUUCAUUAAAACCAGUUUUGUAGAUGUAUUUGUAGUCUGCCUCUGUCAAAAAAGUUGUCCACUCGACAUCUGCUUGUCCAAACGUCUUUUUACACAACUUCUGCAUGUCAAAAGGUAUGUCUUCUCUAUGUCUGCAUGCACUUUUCUCUUCAAACAACUUUUGAUUUUGAAUAACCAAGAAGCUCAGGUUGAUAAUGUUUGUCCAGGAACAGCUGGAAUGAAAUUAUCAUUAUAAAGUUUGUUCAAAAUGGCCAUUACCAAUGUUCAUGGUGAUUUGGAUCCAAGCAGAUUAACCAAGAAAUCUGAUACUCAUGCUGGCAUCAAGGGAUGUGAAAAUAACUGAAUUUCAUAUGGCUUGAUAUACUGAAGUCCAAUUUAAUAGUCUUUUUUGGAUUGAUUAUCUGAAAAACAAAAUGGCCUCCAGGCAGUACUCUUCAGUUUUGACCAGUAGAACUUGUCAUUGCUAUUUUCUGAGAAGUAAGGAAUUAAUCUCUCUCAGAUUUCAUAAAUAUUUUCAUAAGUAGAUUUUCUGUAGUAAUAGCUGUGUGUGAUCAAUUUUUUGGAUAAAUCUGAAAGAUGGAAUUUUUGGAUUUUUGAAGUUUUGAAUUGUUGUUGCUAUUAGAAAUCUUGGAUAAAUCAUUCUGAAACUUUAUAAAGAUGUAACCCUGGUAAAAUAUUAGCCUCAAUAAUCUGUUUGGCCCCUCUAAGAUUUAAUUUUAAAACUGAUUGAAAAGAUACAAGUGACAAAGAUCACUGAAUGGGGAGUACCAAGAUCCGUUUGUGAUCUGUUGUAAAACAAGGAAUUUUACAGGGCUUCACAUGUUUAACAAACAGUUGUUUUGAUCUGUCUUAAUGUACUUGAUUAUGUAUAAAUAUUGUAUAAGAUGUGUUUACAAGUAAUCUGUAACUGAUUGAUUUUAUUUGUUGUAAUGGUUCUCAUUAACUAAUGUUA